AUGGGUCAUCCUGCUCUACUAUCGACUGUUUUGGAAUACCGCGAUGAACUCGCUGCCGUUGCGGAAUUUCUCCGGAAGCUCGCGGGCAUCUGCUGGACUCUGAAUUACUUCAGUAUGAUGUACGUUUCUGGGAGAGAGGGGAUUCCCAACACGGGCAUUUUUCCUCUUUGCAAUGAUAUCGCAUGGGAAUUCGUAUAUGCCUUCGUUCACCCGGCCGCGAGUGCCCAUUGGGAAGGUGGUGUGAAGGUGUGGUUUAUGGUACACGUCGCUGUGGUCUUGUACAUUCUCAAAUUCGCGCCAAAUGAAUGGAAUGAUGUGCCAAUCGUGAAGCGAAACAUUUACAUCAUUUAUGCAGUUGUCAUUCUCGCCUUCCUUGCCGGUCAGCUAUCAUUCGCAGCGGAAGUUGGGCCUGACAUGGGUUUCUUUUGGGGGGGCGUCCUAUGCCAAACCCUCGCAAGUGUCGGGCCGAUAUGCCAGCUUUUGUGCCGGAAUAGCACUCGCGGCGCUUCCAUUAUGACCUGGUAUGUCUCUGCUCCCUCGUACAUGCAUUUUCACAUGUCCUCUGGUUCUUGA